AUGGAUGAGGAGCAGAAAGAGUUUCCAUCCAGGGGUCCCCGGAUGGAAAGCUUGGGGUUUGGAUUCAGUCCCUCCCAUGUCAAGUUGGGGGCCUUCUUGCUGUUGGUGGAGCUCCUUCUUCCAGGCAUGUACUGCAUUCAGAGAUCAGUGUAUUUCUCUUUCUAUGAAAUCAUCAUCCCCAGGAGAUUGGUGAGCUGGAGGAGAGAAGACCAACCAGAGAAAAUGCACUAUUCAUUCUUUAUGAAAGGGAGUUGGCAUGUCAUUAGCCUGAAGCAGAAAAGAGGGCUCUCUGUCCAGAAUUUCCCCGUCUAUACCUACUCCAAUGGGAUCCCAGGCCUGGACAUGCCUUUUAUCCAAGAUGAUUGCUACUAUGAUGGGUACCUGGUAGGUGACCAGGGGUCCUUUGCAUCCAUCAGCACCUGCUCAGGACUCAAGGGAAUCCUUAUCAUCCAGACAGUUGCCUUUGGCAUCCUGCCAGUGAAAUCCUCCAAAAAAUUUGAGCAUGCUGUGUAUCGCUUGUCUAAGGUAUCACGUGAUGCCUGUGGGGUCAAGGAAAGGGAAAGCCAAGAGUCCUGGGCAAGCGCGAAAGGCCUUGGCCCGACGGAACUCUCCCCAGCACACUUCCCCUAUGCCUGGUCACAGACUAAGUACUUGGAGAUCUUUAUAGUGGUAGACAACAUUCGGUUCCAGAUGUGGGACAGGAACGUGACCACAACCACUCAGACACUCUUGGAUGUCCUUUCUUUGGUCAACCAACGCAUGAAGCAGAUCAACUUAGAAGUAGUGUUGGCUGGGGUGGAGAUAUGGUCUGAGAGGGACCUAGUGCAGAUCUCUUGGGACCUGCAAGAAACACUCUAUGGCUUUAACAGAUGGCAAGCUUCAGAACUCCCCAAAAGGGCAAGGCAUGAUGUUGCUCACCUGGUCACUGGGCAGGAUCUUGGGAGCCACCAAGGCCAGGCGUUUGUGGGGAGCAUCUGCACCUCCGGGAACAUGACAGGUGUGGAGGUCUUCCAUCACGAAGAUGUGCCUCGAUUUGCGGCCCUCCUGGCCCACGAGCUGAGCCACAACCUGGGCCUGAAGCAUGAUCAUCCAGGCUGCACGUGCCCUGAUUCGCUUCUCUGUUCCAUGCACACGUCCGUCACCCUGGAGGGGAGCUUCAGCAACUGUAGUGUGGAAAACUUCUAUGAGAUGCUGGACAGGGGCCAAGGGAGCUGCCUGUACGACAGGCCAGAGCCGAGGAGCCCCUUUGGAAGGCAGUACUGCGGGAACAGGAUUGUGGAGGAAGGGGAGGCGUGUGACUGCGGCAGUCAUCGCGCCUGUAAGAAGGACCCAUGCUGCCUGCCCUCAUGCCGGCUGAAGAAGGGCUCAGACUGUGCUUUUGGGCCCUGCUGUAGAAAAUGCAGGUUUGCCCAAGCGGCCACGCCCUGUCGUCCCAGCGCGGAUGAGUGUGACCUCCCCGAAUACUGCAAUGGCACCUCGUUGUGGUGCCAGCCUGACUCCUACAAGCAAGAUGGCACCCCAUGCAAGGGCGAAGGUUCCUGCUACCAGGGGCGGUGUAGGAGCCUGGAGAACCAGUGCGUGGAGGUGUUUGGUGAGGGCUCCAGAGCUGCCCCAGCCCGCUGCUAUCGCAUGAACACCCAUGGGGACCGGUUUGGGAACUGUGGCAGCAAGUGGCAAGGGCCAGUCAGGGUCUUUAUCAAGUGCCAACCCAAGGACAUCAUGUGCGGGAGCUUGUACUGUGAGAAUGUCCAGAGGCUUCCCCAUAUAAAGAGCCACCAUGCUUUCAUCCAGUUCCGCAUGGAAGACACAUGGUGCUGGGGCGCGGAUCUCCACGAUGCCCUGGACAUCCCCAAUGGUGGCUUGGUAAAAGAUGGCACCUCCUGCGGCCCCCGGAAGAUCUGUAUCAACCAGUCGUGCCUGGACGCUGGGGCCAUGCUCCACCGUGACUGCAGCCUGGUCAGAUGUCACGAGAGGGGCGUCUGCAACAACCUCAAAAACUGUCACUGCGACUAUGGCUACAGCCCGCCCACUUGUGAAUCUCAGGGCCAAGGCGGCAGCCUGGACAGCGGUCCCUCCCCCAAGGUCAGGGUCAUCCACCCGAAGCUGACUGCCCUCUUCUGGCUCCUGAUGGCCACCGCCCUGCUGCUCACGCCCAUUACCUUUGUGGGGAUUUGCUUUUGGCGGAAGAUGGAGAAGGCCUGGGCCAAAGAGCUGGAGGUUCAAGAUAGUUCAGUGGAUAGAGAGGCUGGCUAGGCACAAGCCCCCGGCUG